AUGCAUGCAAGUGUAUGUGGAGAUAGUACAUUACAGACACUGGAUUAUGAGAGCAGUCCUCUGUGUGGCACACCUGUACAGCAAAACCAAGGCCCAGACAUGAAAUGUCCAGAUGAUGUAUUGCGUUUGUUGGCAGGUAGGGUAGAUGACAGCAAGGAUUUCAAGAUCUGUGUUUCUCGAACUGACUUCUAUCAAAGAGCUAUGGUGCAGUGGCAAAGACAAAAGAGAGGAACCCCGGGCAAUACUUUGCGUGUAACAUUUUUGGGGGAAGCAGGUGUUGACACAGGUGCCAUUCGUAAGGAAUUUCUUUCAGAUUUGAUUGGUGAGAUUGAGAAACACCUCUUUGAGCACAGAGGACACCAGAGGGGGAAGAGCCCCAUCUACUCCCUAAGUAAUAUGGAGAAGGGAUUUUUUAGGACUGCUGGAGAAGUGUUUUCUGUUAGUCUCGCUCAGGGUGGGCCUGCCCCCCGUUUCUUGAGGCCGUGGUGCUUUGAUUAUCUCUCAUCUGGAGACUUGGAUGAAUCAACUCUCACUAUAGAUGAUGUGGAUGAUGCUGAACUUUAUCAUUUGAUUAAAAAGGUGGAGGAAGAAGAAACCGAUCUCUCUGCAUGGAAUGAUCAAAUAAUUAACUGUGGUUUUACUGGGGCCGUUAAACCUGAGAAUAAAGAGGCCAUAAUAAGAUCAAUUGUGCUUCAUGCAACUCUACGUUUGGUCCCUUUGUUGAAGCAAAUCCGAAAAGGUCUUGAAGUCUACAAUUUUGUAGACCUUCUGGAAAACCAUUCAGGACUUUGCCACCAGUUCUUUGUCCCUGAUGUGGUGGAUGAUGAUGAUAAGGCUGAUGCAGACUUCAUCAUGCAGAACAUUCUUCCGGAAAUGUUGGAGAAGGGAUCAGUACGAGAGACUUAUGAAACAGCUAUAAUCAACUUUCUGCAAGACUUUCUCCAAGAAAUUGAAAGCUGUGAGGAUAACCCUGACGGAGACAUCCUGCCCUUAACUGUCCCCGGUGUUAUGCAAUGGCUCACUGGCCAGGGACACAAACCUCUUCUAAUGUCAGAACUUAAAGAAUUCAAAAUUUCUCUUCAUUUUGACCAUGAGUGUAUGCAGAGGAUGCCAGAACAUAAAAUAUGCUUCCCAGUUGUAAGUGCCUGUGCCAGAAAAAUUACAUUUCCCACAGUACACAUGGGUGACUACAGUUCUUUUAAGUCAGUCAUGUUGCAAGCCAUUCAAUUUGACAACGGUUUUAACAGAAUUUAAAAUGCUACUAAAUGUAUGGAAUUGUACAUGUUCGGGAAAAAAAACUUUUAUACAUUGGCAAAUGUUCUUUAUGGUUUUGAAAUUUACUGUGUAUGUGUAGAGAACACAACGUGUUACAUAUUGUAAAA